AUGUCUCCCAGCGCCCCUCCAAUCCUUGAUUUCUCCGUGUUCUACGGCGGCGAUAGCGCUGCAAAGGCACAGCUCGUCGAACAGAUCCGCGAAUGCUGUCUGUACAAUGGCUUCUUCCAGAUCACGGGCCACCGCGUACCGCGCGAGCUCCAGCAGCGCGUCAUGGCCUGCACGAAACGAUUCUUUGAUCUCCCUCUCGAGGAGAAGGUUCUGGUUGACAAGAAUCACAACACCUGGAACCGUGGCUACGAGUUGCUUCGAUCGCAGAUGCUCGAAGUCGGCACCGGGCCCGAAUUGAAGGAGGGAUACUACGUGGGCGAGGAGAUUCCCGAGGACCAUCCCUACUUCGUGCAGAAGAAGCUCAACAGCGGCCCCAACCAGUGGCCGUCCACCGUCCCGGACAAAGAGGAGUUCAAACGCACGACCAUGGAAUACUACCACGCGGUGUUUGAUCUGGCCAAGGACGUGCUGGGCGCGUUGGCGCUGACGCUCGACGUGUCGGAAGACUACUUCGAUUCCUUGACCGACGGGGCGGUCGCCACGAUGCGAUACCUGCACUACCCGGCCCAGCCGAAGGACGCGGACGAAAAGCUGAACCGGGGGAUUGGCGCACACACCGACUUUGGUUGUAUUACACUCUUGCUGCAGGAUGAGGUGGACGGGCUGCAAGUUCUCGACGCGCCGACCGGCGAAUGGCUGGAUGUCGAACCCGUGCCCGGAGCCUACGUCGUCAACCUGGGCAACCUGUUCAUGCGCAUGGCCAACGACCGGUACAAAUCCAACAUCCACCGGGUGAUCAACAAGUCCGGCAAGGAGCGGUACAGCAUCCCUUUCUUCUUCAGCGGGAACCCGGAUUACCUGUGCGAGUGUCUGCCCAACUGCCGGCAGCUGGGCGAGGACCCCAAGUACCCCCCGAUCACGGUCGAGGAGAUGGUGACGGCGUCGUACAAAGAGAGUUAUGGUAGAGCGGAGAAGUACAAGCAGGAGAUGAAGGCGAAGAUGGAGGUGACGCCGCCAAUGGCGGCUUUCAUGUCUAGAUUGAGUUGUACAUAUGAGCCUUUAUCAAAUCACCCAGUUCAACCCAUGUCGCUUUACAAGACUCACCAUGACAACGACAACCACAGCCUCGGGGCCGAGACGAAGGGCGUGAUCUUCGACGACCUCGACGUGCAGCAGUUCUACGGCACGUCCACGACGGAAGCGUAUCGCCUCAAGUCAGAACUCAUCGGGCGAUGCAUGGAGGAGAUAGGGAUGGGGCGCUUCCAAUGGAAACUCUUCGUGGUCACGGGGUUUGGAUGGAUAGUGGAUAAUUUCGCAUCCCAAGGCAUCAGCGCCGUGCAGCCACCCAUCGAGCUCGAAUUCCCCGGUAUCGUGCAGGUCAGCUACAGCUCCGUCGCCUACUACAUCGGCCUGAUCCUGGGGGCCUCCUUCUGGGGCAUCUCCAGCGACCUCAUCGGCCGCAAGCCCGCGUUCAACUGCACGUUGCUCAUUGCCGGGAUUUUUCUCUGUGGUGCAGCGGGGACGAUGAACUUCGUGGGGUUCAGCGCGAUGUGGGCGAUGGUCGGGACGGCGGCCGGGGGGAAUGUGCCGGUGGAUAGUAUGAUCUUUCUGGAGUUUGUGCCGGGGAGUCAUCAAUGGCUGCUGACUGCGCUCUCUGCGUGGUGGAAUUUGGGCCAGCUGAUCGUCUCGCUGGUGGCGUGGGUGUUUCUGGCGAAUUUCAGCUGCGCGGCGGAUUCGACCCCGGAGACGUGUCGUCGGGGGGAUAAUAUGGGGUGGAGGUACACCCUCAUAACCCUGGGCAGUCUCUCGCUCGCCUUCACACUCAUCCGCACCUUCGUGUUUAAACUGCCCGAAACACCCCGAUACCUCCUCUCCAAGGGCCGCGACCAAGCCGCCGUGGACGCCGUCAACCACGUCGCGAAGGAGAACGGCAAGCCGCCCCCGUUGACCCUGAGCAUGCUGCAGGACAUCGACGCCCGACUGGGCAUCCCGUCCACGACGUCGUCCGCCCUCUCGACGACUGAGAUCCUGCGCGAGAACAUGAAAGACUUCAAGGGCGAGCACUAUCGCGCGCUCUUCGCCACCAGACCAUUGACCAGACACACCGUGAUCAUCUGGGGGAUAUGGUUGACCAUCGGAAUCGCCUACCCCCUCUACUUCAACUUCCUCCCCUCCUACCUAGCCACGAAAUUCACCUCAUCGACAAGCCUAACAACCACCUACCGCAACUACUGCAUCGAAUCCGCCGUCGGCGUCGUCGGCCCCCUGUCCGCGGCAUACCUGGUCACCACGAUCUUCGGCCGACGCUGGAUGAUGGGCCUCUCGUCCAUCAUCACGGGAGUGUUCCUGUUCGCCUACGUGGGCGUCAGCAACCGCACUUCCUCGUUGGCGUUCGCGUGCGUCACAGGCAUGCUGGGGAAUUUUGGUAGGCCUUAUGCAAUCAUGUACGCCUUCACCCCGGAAUCCUUCCCCGCGCCGCACCGCGGCACCGGCACCGGCACGGCGGCGAGCCUGCUGCGGUUCGGCGGGCUGUGCGCCAGCCUCAUCGCCUCGCAGACGGGCUUCACCACCGCGCCCAUCUAUGCCUCGGCGGCGCUGUGGGUGGUGGUCGGGGUCGUGUGUUGGGGGUUGCCGUUUGAGACGGCGGGGCAUGGGUCGAUCUAG